AAACACAAUGCAGACCUUUGUAAAUGUUUUUCUGGGAUUUUUUAUCUUUGAGUCUGUUGGAGCUGCCCCUAUCAGUGAUACCAUAAUUUAUGAUUCUGAUUUCUAUGACAUGCCACUUGGAGAGCUGCCUCAUCCAUUUGCCUAUGAUGAAAACAAGCAGUCUGAACAAGUAGAGACAGAUGUUGGGAUGGAACUACCUUCUGUAAUUCAAGAGAGUUUUUCUUCUGCAUCAUUGACAGAAGAAACUGAGGAUGAAGUUUCAACACCAAAAUUAAUUGAUGGGUCUUCAGCACAAGGGUCAGGGGUUCUUGGACCCCAGACCAAAGAUGGUCUUCCCACUUGCCUUUUAUGUACAUGCCUAGGGACAACAGUCUACUGUGAUGAUCGUGAGCUUGAUGCUGUUCCACCAUUGCCUAAGGAAACCACAUAUUUCUAUUCACGUUAUAACAGAAUCAAGAAGAUCGGCAGAAAUGACUUUGCUAACUUAAACCAUUUAAAGAGGAUUGAUUUGACUGCAAACUUCAUAUCAGAUAUCCACAAGGAUGCCUUCCGAAGAUUGCCCCAACUUCAGGAGCUGGUGCUCCGUGACAAUAGGAUAAGGCAACUCCCUGAGCUACCAUCUACCUUAACAUUCAUUGAUGUUAGUAAGAACAGGCUUGGUCGCAGAGGGAUACCAAAUGAGGCAUUUAAAAAUCUGGAUGAACUGCAGCAUCUUUAUAUCACUGACAAUAACUUGGACCACAUUCCAUUGUCACUCCCUGAAAGCCUCCAAGCUCUUCAUCUUCAGAACAACAACAUUCAAGAGAUGCAUGAAGAUACUUUCUGCAAAAUGAGGGAUUUUACUUAUGUGCGUAGGGCUCUUGAAGACAUCAGACUGGAUGGAAAUCCCAUCAACCUGAGCAAAACACCUUAUGCAUACAUGUGUCUACCCCGUUUGCCAGUUGGUAACCUCAUCUAA